UCUAAAUGCCGUGUGCAAUUUGUUAACAGGGAAAUAUGCUGCAAAAGAUCACAACGUUAGGAAAAUGGCAACUAAUUGAUUGCGACUAAAAAUCCUCAAGCCAAAAUUUUCAUGAUAUCGUAUCAUAAAUGCAGCAGUAAAGCAUAAUAUGUUUGAAGUAUGCAACAGGUUGGGAAAACUAAGCUUUCCCUCCGAAUGGCUUCCUCCUCGGCCUCCUCCUCCGACGCCGUCAAACCAAUCCCUCGCCAGCUCCCUUCCCGCUGACGACGAUGCUGCCCUCCCCCGCCUCCUCCACCAACUCCUCGCCGCCCGGACCCUCUCCCGUCCCUCGCCGCCCCCUGCGUCCUGAUUUCUCGCCUGUUAUAUACUUAGAUCAGCCCCCGCCAAGUGACCUUCUCCGCGCCGCGUCCGACUUCGGGUUCUUCCACCUUGCCCGCCACGGCGUCCCCUCCGCCCUCGCCGAAUCGCAGUCCUUCCUCCGAUCUGACUGGAUUCCGGUCAACAAUCUUCUAUCCCUCGGCUUCCACCCUGAGGAUCUCGAUCACGAUGAUCAAGAUCGGAUUUUGAUGUUGGAUACCGGUGGAAGGGUGGACGGAGACGGGUUUGCAUCUCUUCCGGCGUUGCUAGAGUUUGGUAAAUGCUUGGAGAAGGUGGGAUUACGGGUGGUAGAUAUGCUGUCCUCCAUGAUAGAACGGCUCUGCAAAAACCCCUUUGAGAAGCGGAGUUAUACACCAUGGUGUUUGAUAUGGAUCUCUUCGUACGACAUUGACAUAAAUACUGAUAAAACUGGCUAUCAAAUGAGGAAAAGCAAGUGUUAUCCGUAUGUGUUCAGUAUGAGAUGAACUGGUGGAAGCAGCCAUAUCUUGCUAUUGGUGACUCGGGUGAGCUGAUUUCUAUAGCUCCUGUUGCAGAUCACACUCGGGGACAUUGCACAGGUAUGGAGCAAUGGAACGUUCAAGAGAGUGAGAAGCAGGCCUCAGCCAACUUCCUUGCCUUUUGAUGGCUGUGAUGGCACCGCACCGGCUGCACAUCCUUGACAGUGCUGGUGACCGUGCCACUUGAUACUGUUAUCUCCCCGCUGUUGCCUUCAGCAGCGGAGGGCUGUGGUGCUGGUGAUGCUGAUGAAGGUGAUGAAGACAAUGGAAGAAGGUUUCAUGCCUUCUACUUGGAUGAAUACGCAUGGAGAAUUUAUCGCGAGCGCCUCCUCCACGAAGAUCCACUGUUGAGAUACCGGAGUUAGCAUCAUCCUAAUGUUUCAUUUGUCUUCUUCAUAGGUUCGAUCAAGUUUUAUUUUAGGAAAAAUAUUUACCCAAUAAACGAAAUAAACUUAAAUCAAUUUCGAUAUAUAUCGGAUUGACGAUCAAAUUCGAUGGUAAGACUGAUUAUUUCACAAGCCCACAACAUUUGAGGCCCAUUAAGAGCCUAAUAUAAUUGCUUCUGGCGAAACCCCUCGCUGAGGUAGGUGAAGGAAGUCGUGCGCCGAUCGAGUCGGAGACGAAGAGGAAGGGCAGUGGGGUGGGUGUAGAAUAGAGUAGAGAUGGGUUCUCGUCCCCCUCCUCGGAAGUGCGAGGUCUGCCGCGAAGCGCAAUCCAAGUACAAGUGCCCUAAUUGCCUUGUCCCCUAUUGUUCCUUGGCAUGCUUCAAGAAACAUAAAGAAAAUCCAUGCAAAAAGCCAUUGCCUUCAGUGGAAGAAACACCAAACUUGAUGCUUCCUGAACGAUCAUAUGAGGUCAAUGAUCCAAGUUGGGUUGUUGAUAAAGAACAAUUACAGUUGAUAGCAAACUCAAGUGAAAUACGAGAGGUCUUACGGAAUGGAGACUUAAGGAGGAUAAUUCAGAAAAUCGAUGGCAGUGAUGACCCAGAAGAUCAACUGACCAAUGCCAUGGAAGAGCAGAUUUUUCAUGAUUUUACCGAAAAGAUCCUCUCCAUUAUAAGUCCACAAGAGUGACGCCGCAUUCAGAACUGAGGCAUGAUGAUCCUAAUUGCAAAAUCUUACAUCCAGCUUCGGUUGGCUUCCAAAUGCAACAACAGGGAGCCUAUCAGGGAAUAAAUUGCAGCCACAGUUUCUUCAUCCUCGACGAGUGUGGUGUGCCGGUUCAUUCGUUCCCAGACCGAUGCGUGUUGCACGUGCAUGGAGAACGUGUCUUUCGUGGGGACAGCUGCUUGUUGCUGAUAGCCAUCUGUGCCAUUUUGCACAGUAUCGCCAUGUCGAUCACGUGGAUCAUGGACCAUCCAUGAUUAUAUAGUGAUACACACAGGUCCCCAGCAGCUUCCUGGACCUUGGAAUCAAUUAAUCUUGUCACAAGCUACAUGGAAUCUUUUCGUCUUCUCCGUCCCGCGCGAUGCCAUGUUACGCACGCAUGCACGAGUGGGGGUUGGAACACUGCAAGCACAAGACAAAACAAGGAGGUGAAUGGAGCAUUAAGAAACUCUCUUCGUGGUGGUGAAUGGACGUUAUGUCACAUGGCCAGCCUCGAUUACAGCAUCUAAAGCUUUAUUUACAUCCAAUACCCACAUUUAAUUACAUAUAUUUCUCCAAUCAUCCUGCUAAAUGUUCAGUUUUGUAUGCGUGUGCAGCAUGUGAUAUACAUACACACAUAUAUAUACCACUCAAGAUCACAUGUAAUUUAGUCUCUAUUUUUUAAUGAAUAUUAGUGAUAGUGGUAGGUCUGGAGAAAUCAAAA